CACAUCUCCACCUUAAGUUCCAGACAAACGCUUAUCACUUCCCACCUCCCAUCAAUAGAAUCAGAACAAAAAAACUUGGGAGGGCAUAACAGGGCUACAAAAGUAAAAGAAAAAUCCUCUUGUCUUCCUCUUCCCCUCUUCCUCUUCCUCUUCCCUGUCUCCCUUUCCCAACACAAAGCCCUCACACCCACAUCCACAUUUGAGACUGCGACACACACUCUCACACACGGACACGCUUAUAAACGGGUCUCUCUGAGUUUGACACAAAACAAACCCACAGCUAGCAACUGGCCCUGCUGAUGCUGCUUCUGAUCCGUGUCCCAUCUCCUCUCCCCAUGUCUCACCUCCUGGGUUUCCCUUCCUAAAACUAGAAACUUCUGCUCUUCCCCAUUCCAGCAAAGAAAAAGGAAAGAAACACAGAAAGAGAGCAGAAAAAUCGGAAGGGUAAGAGUGGUGAUGAGCAGUGGCGGUGGUGGCUCGGGAGGAGGGACAGCGAUGGGUGGGAGUGGGGAGACGCUGAUGAGGUCUGCCUUUACUGUGUCUCAGUGGCAAGAACUCGAACACCAAGCUUUGAUCUUCAAGUACAUGAUGGCUGGUCUCCCUGUCCCUCCUGAUCUCGUCUUACCCAUUCAGAAGAGCUUCGACUCCAUCUCUCACAGAUUCUUCAACCAUCCCUCUAUGGGGUAUUGCUCAUUCUAUGGGAAGAAGGUGGAUCCAGAGCCAGGGAGAUGCAGGAGGACAGAUGGCAAGAAGUGGAGAUGCUCCAAAGACGCCCAUCCUGACUCCAAGUAUUGUGAGCGCCAUAUGCACCGUGGCCGCAACCGUUCAAGAAAGCCUGUGGAAUCAUCACAACAACAACAACAAACCAUAAUGACACAGUCAUUGUCUACCAUGACACCAUCCGGGAGGACUGUGAUUACUGACAGCAGCUCUGGCGGGGCAGGAAGCCUACAGCACAACUCUGCAUUGCACGCCUUCGGGGCCUUUGGGAAUCCCCAGUGCACUGCUGUCAGUGGAAGUAACCAGUCUCAGUAUCAUUUGGACUCUAUCCCCUAUGCUAUUCCAAGCAAAGAUUACAGCAGAUAUCUCCAAGGAGUGAAGGCUGAGGCCGGAGAGCGUGGUUUAUACAACGCAGACUCCGCAAGAAACCGAGGUGGUGACUCCUCCACAUGGCCUCAGAUGCAGCAAUCCAGAGUGUUGUCCUUCUCCAAGCCAGCAACAAUGAACGACUAUUCCCACCAACAGUCAUAUCUCGGCUGUGACUUCCCCCAAUCUGGUGGCGAACCGACAAAACAGGAUGGUCAGUCACUACGACCCUUCUUUGACGAGUGGCCCAGAACCCGGGGCGAGUCAUGGUCGGGCCUUGAAGAUGACCACUCCAACCAGACCUCGUUCUCCACCACCCAGCUCUCCAUGUCCAUCCCUAUGGCUGCUUCCUCUGACAUGAUCUCCACGAGCUCCCGCUCUUCACCAAGUGAAUUUUGAGGUAACUGAUGCUUGGCUCAUGGGGACUUUACGUCUGCUGAGGGAAUCCUUGUUGUUGUAGAAGAAGAAGAAGAAGAAGGUUGAUGUCGACUUGUGAUGUUUAAUUUAUCUCUGUGUCACUUUGUACGUGCCAAAGUUUGAGCUCCGUGAGAGGGAGUAGGCACUCUGCGGGUGUAAUCCUUGUGUCAUCUGGAUUUCGGGUGCGGGUUUUCUUUCCUCAGGCCUCGUGCUGUGUCUGUGCGUAGAAACAUUCUCAAACUUUUUCAGGAGGCUCCCUGUCUUUUGUUUCUGUUUAGGCAAUAAGUUGGAAGAAGCAUGGGAACAAAGGCUUCUUUUUUUUGUGGCAGAUAGUGAUCCGAAGAUAGUGUACCUGUUGCAACACCUUGACAAUGUUUGCAUUUGAUGAUCAAAUGUAACUGUGAUGUUUGUUUGAACUCUGACAUGUCUUGUUCUCUGCAACUUCGACAUGUUGUGUGAACUUUUUUUUUUU